GGAAUUAACCAAAUAGUCCAGAGAUGGUCUGGACCUCCGCUGGAAAAAGAACCGGUCGACCUGCUUCAUCGAACAUAUUAGGCCGUAGUAUUUUCCAGUGUCCAUGUACUGUUCUGAUGAAGAAUGAUAACAUUUCUGUCUUAAAGCAAGGCUAGAAAACUAACUUAUCUCUUUGCCAUAAGCCGUUGGGAACGCGCUGUGCUCGCUGUGUCGUAUCAGCCCCCCAGGUGUUCCUGUAUAAUAGUCAUUUUAAAAAAUAUCUCUCUUUAUUCAGACCUAUCCCGAUGUCUGCUUUUUUAUAACCAACUGGGCAAACUGUGAACUCGGCAAGCAGGCUGCUGUUUUGUUAGCUUCAGAGCUAACAGUGACCGAGUCAGUAUUCGGGGGCUAAAAAUAUCGCUCACUGCGCCACCGAAGCUGCUCGGCUUCGGUCCACGUUUGACUCCCGUCGUCGGCUUUCUUUUUCUGGUGACCUUGCUCGGAGUUUGACGCUCUACAUGGUCACCACAGCGGGUUCAGCACAAGAGGAAGAGCGAGUCGGACCCCGAGGCUGUGAGCCGAGCUGGCCUGAUCUGACUUGCUGGGCUUCAGGUCUCCCGGCGGACCACACUCGGCUACGGCUGAUCGGUGGCCGGGUGACAUUUUGCUGUGAUGGGCUUAUAUUGUCAUUAGUGGUGAUAUAACGAGCCCCGGUUUUGCCCAGGGAGACCGAAACUUUACGAAGGGUUCAGAGUAAGCAACUUAUUUCUAACUUUCGUAGACUUCCAGGAGCUGCGCACCAUGACGGAGGACAACAAUGCAGAAAAGUUCAUUAAGGAGGCGUCCAUCUUGGAUGAAUACAUCAUAAACUGGACACAGAAGCUGGGAGCAGGAAUCAGCGGACCUGUCAGGGUGUGUGUGAAGAAGUCGAGUCAGGAACGCCUGGCCCUGAAAAUCCUCAUCGAUCGCCCCAAGGCCAGAAAUGAGGUGCGUCUUCACAUGAUGUGUGCCAACCACCCGAACAUCGUGCAAAUUCUGGAGGUGUACGCCAACACUGUCCAGUUUCCUCAUGAGUCCAGUCCAAGAGCAAGACUCCUGAUUGUUAUGGAGAUGAUGGAGGGUGGUGAGCUCUUCCACAGAAUCAGUCAGCACAAGCACUUUACUGAAAAGAUGGCCAGUCAGGUCACCAAACAGAUCAGCCAAGCAUUGGCUCAUUGUCACUCCCUGAAUAUUGCACAUCGUGACCUGAAGCCAGAGAACCUGCUCUUCAAAGAUAACUCUCUGGACGCACCUGUGAAGUUGUGUGACUUUGGCUUUGCCAAAAUCGAUCAAGGAGACUUGACGACCCCUCAGUUUACUCCUUACUACGUAGCACCUCAGGUACUUGAGGCUCAAAGAAGACACCAGAAGGAAAAGUCUGGAAUUAUACCUACCUCACCAACUCCUUACACAUAUAACAAGAGCUGUGACUUGUGGUCGCUGGGUGUGAUCAUCUACAUAAUGCUGUGCGGCUAUCCUCCGUUCUACUCAAAGCACCACAGCCGCACCAUCCCUAAGGACAUGAGGAAGAAGAUUAUGACGGGCAGCUUUGAUUUCCCAGAAGACGAGUGGAGCCAGAUCUCUGAAAUGGCCAAGGACAUUGUACGCAAGCUACUGAAGGUGAAGCCAGAGGAGAGGCUGACUAUUGAGGGAGUCCUGGCUCACCCCUGGCUGAACUGCACCGAGGCGCUGGACAACGUCUUGCCGUCUGCACAGAUGAUGAUGGACAAGGCCGUGGUCGCAGGAAUCCAGCAGGCCCACGCCGAGCAGCUCGCCAACAUGAGGAUUCAGGAUCUGAACGUCAGUCUGAAGCCUCUGAACUCUGUCAACAACCCAAUACUCAGGAAGCGGAAACUGCUGGGGCCCAAACCUACAGACAGUUUCUUCAUCCAUGACCCAGAGAACGGAGAGGAAGACUCAAACGUAGCGCUGGAAAAACUGAGAGAUGUCAUAGCACAGUGCAUACUCCCACAGGCUGGAGAAAACGAGGAUGAGAAGCUGAAUGAGGUGAUGCACGACGCCUGGAGGUUCAACAGAGACUGUAAGCUGCUGAGAGACGGCCUGCAGGGUCUCAGCUGGGAUGGGCGAUCUUUUUCCGAUAAAGUUGACCGCUUGAAGUUGGCUGAAAUAGUGAAACAGGCCAUUGAAGAAAAGACAAAUCUUCAAGAUUCUCCUUAGCCAAUGGUGACUUUCUAUCUUUUUACAUUUUAUUUCAUUGUUUAUCGAGACUCUUUUUAAUCCAUAUCUGUAAAGACUGUUUUAUGUCAAAUGAUGUGCAGUUUUUGUUUUGUUUUUAUUGCCUCCAUAAUUUCAUUUGUAAAACCUAUUGUUGACCUAUACUGGAAGAGCUACUGUACAGCUGUACAUAUAUUUCAAAGGAUUUGUUGGUACUAUCAUUUUUUUUUUUUUUAAACAAAUGGACAAUUGCAAAGAAUGUGGAAAAAAAUAUAUUUUCAUUUUUACUAAAAAAAGAUAAAAGAAAUCUGUGAAAGAAAUUAUUUUUUGGGAGGGAAUUUUUAUUAGCUGCUCGUCGAAGAUGUCUUGUUUUAUCCCAAUUAUUUCUUUCUCUUCUUUAAUUAUACUCAUUGUAAGAGUUUUAUUUAUUUAAACUGAAAAUUCCAAGAUUUUAUAUCUUUCUUGUAGCUCGAUAGUGGCUCUAUGGUUUAGAGAAGCUGUUUAUGAUGUGACCUUUGUUCUUCCACUCUGCCUGCAGGUAUAUAAACAUAACAGCCAUUGUUUAAUUUGUUGUUUUUUUUUAUCAAACCUUUUUGACAUUUUUAAUAUGUAGGACAAGCGGAAAUGAGGAAUUGAAGCAAAAGAAAGUGUCAGUGCAGAAACAUGCACCUUCAACCCAUUUAAAACAUCAGCCGACUAAAAUGAGAGUUGGAAAAAAAACGUCCUUAGUUUGUAAUUAGUCGAAAAAAGUUUUUUGUUUGUUUGUUGAUGAAAUCAAAGCCACAUGAGACCAAAGGUUUGCCUUUCGUUGUAAAUCAGUAACUCUGCUAACAGAAAUGCUCAUGUGUUGCAUCACACAAAAGUGAGAAACUCGGACAUGUUGAGCUUCAUCCGCCUUCAUGGGAGAAGAAAGUGAUUUUUACAACUGACCAUUCAGAGCCUUUUUUUUUUAUUCAAACCUUAAAGUUGCCUCAGCCGUUUGGAAAACACUACUGAAUACUCGACGCUUCUGAAGAGAAAUUAUUUCACCUGCAGUGGAUCUGAAAGUUAUUCACUUUCUGUUAAAACGCCAGCUUCUGUGAUGUAGAAAAUGAGACCAAGACGACCUUUAACCUUAUGUUUAACAUGUAACAUGUUAGCUGCUUAAAGACAAACGAGUAAUAACAAAGCUAUGAUAAUGUAUAUGUUUCAUUUGUUAAUAAUUUAGUAAAAGUUAUCAAAACAUUUUUGUCAAGACACCGAUCUACAGGAAAGUCGGCAGAUUCUGGACUCCUGCUCAAACAAGACAACUAUUCGAGUUCCAGCUAAAGAAAAACAACCCCACAUCAUGAUAUUGCCACCGCCAUGUCGGAAUGGUGGUGUUUUUGUGCCAGACUCGCCUCUUGAGAAAUGUAAACAACUAAAUGUUCGACUGUGGUGUCUAGUGUCAGCUGGAGGAAGGUUUGAACAAGUUUGACAAUCGAAAUUUUAGCAACACCUUCACGUUUUCUCUAGAAGAAAAACGUAUCUGCGACUCUCCAUCUUGGAGACUAAAUAGAUACGAGAAAUUGUUGAAUCAGAAAAUCCUAAAACUCCUUGGAUGUUUUUUCUCCUCUUCUUUGACUGAUACCUUUGCACAGAUAACUAAUUUUGAUCAUUGUGUUACAUCUCCACAAUCAAUGUCUUUGGAAAAGAAUGGAAAUGUCGGUUAACUUCCCCACUCAGCUCCUCCAGACUAGCGGCAGCAGCAUUUAGCAAACACCUUGUGGGACUGCGAGUCGGCUAAGCUUAUCAUUCAAACUACGUGUCAGUUAAACAUUCCUGUGAACCACUGAAAACAGCAUAACGGAGGAACGUUGUCAGAAAGAGUAGGAGCUUCUUAAAGAGACAGAGGCCCAAUUUCAAGGCGUCAAAUUGCAAAGUCGGUUAUUUUUUUAUAUAUACUACUGAAGGUAACAUAGUUACUUGAUUGUGCUAUAAAAUGGACCUAUGUGCCUGGAAAAUUAAUAAUACAACCCUGUUAAGGUAGUGCACACUUAUGCAACCCCAGUUAUUGUAACUUUAAGGUUUUUAAUAUUUUUCCCAUGUUUCUGUCCAGCAGAUUUUUCAAGUUUAAUUGUACAAGAUUAUUAACGGUGGAAUGUAUAUUGUUAAAAUCUAUCAUGGUCUCAUCUUUUCAUGACAAAAAACUGUUUGUUUUUUUAACAAAAGUGCAUACACUUUCUGAAAUCCAUUGCUAGAUUUCAUGCUUGAGUCUGAAAUGUCCUCAAUCCAUUUCUUUUAAUUCAUUGUUGAUCUGUGAAACUGAACGAUUCAAACUGCUUAGAUGCAAAUCGGCAUCUGCUGGAACUCAUAUCUGCGCGGUUCGUGUCUUUACUUUCUUUCCCUGCAAAAGCGGUUGUGACUUGAAGAAAAAUAAUUUCUUGAAACACAGUAGGGAAGUCUGGGUUUUGGUUUCAGAACUUGACGUUUUAGACCAUGUGCAAUAAGGCAAUCGUUUAUUCUGUGUUCAGAUCACAUGGAUGUUCACAAUGAGAUCUGUCAGUAUUACUCUCACUCUGCGCUUCAUUUCAUUCAUCUGUGUGUAACCUUUCUUUCCUGUUGGUUAUUUUCACCUUUUAAGUUCUAAUAAACAUGUUAUUGACUGGG